ACUCCAUGGGAUGGUAAUGGUGUUUGAAGGUGCCGUGCAAGAUGGCAUUGUAGCCCUUUGUGAGAUGUGGUGGAAGAAGCAGCUGGAUGAGCGAGAGCAUGUUAUUAUCAACAUCUUGCCAAUUGUGUUGGAUGCAACAUCAACGAAGAAUGCUCGGAGGAAAGAAGUGCAGAAUUUGUGGGCUUUGCGGGAUGCUCUGCAGCUGAUCCCACUUUCUGACCCAGAAUGUCAGUUGCUGGUAGAGAAACUGAUUGCUUGCAGUUCAAAUACCCUUUUUGUCUCUUGCGAUGAAGGGAUCAAAUGGUUGUCAGGAUUGUUUUCAAGGGAAUCCAUGGUAAUUCCCAUGCACCGUGGCAUAAAGACUGUACUUCCAGGUUGCACGCGAGCACAGAGCUCAAAAUAUGCUGAAGUUUAUUUCCGAAGUUGGAAGAAUAGCCAGGGUACAGUGAAGCAGAUGUUAGAAGAAGAGUGUAUCCAAGAUCUGAUGUACGCUGCAGUACACGUCGAUCCAAUGGCAGGUCGACUGUCGGCCAACCUCCAUCACUUCCUUCACCACUUCCAUCGUCACAAGAAACAUCACACUGUUGCUACUAUGGUCUAUACCCUCUAUGAUCCUUUUAUGUGGCGGUCCCUCAAGGCAGCCAAUGGAUUUGUGCGUAUGAAUGCUACAGGACUUCUCUGUGAUGCCUUCCCUCUGUUGGAUAACACCAUGAAUCAAGAGGAGAGGGAAGGGCUGUUAGAGAAACAGUAUCACACGAUGAUCACCUUGCUGACUGACCCUUGUCAUCUUGUGAGAAUUAAAGCUAUUAAAGGUGUCACUAGCAUUUUAGCCAACUACUGGCUCAUGAUCCCAUCAAACGUCAUAAAGACAGUGUUCCAGAAGCUUCUGUCAGAUUUGCUCUACGAUGCCUCGUCAGCAGAAGUCAGAACCCAAGUGCUUAAGGGUAUUAUCCUCAUGUUAGAUUCCAAUGAUGCUGUACCAUUUUUGAAAGAAGUCUUACCUCGUAUUGGAGAUGCCUUUGACGAUAUCAAUGGAAAUGUUCGUUCUACCUUUGUGAAGUUGUUGUUGAAGGUUAAAUCAUUAAAGAUUAUCAGGUAUUGGGACAUAGUGCCGAUGAACCACAUCCUGCAUCGUUUGGAGGAAGAUACACCUGUCAUAUGCAAACUCAUAACUCAGUUGUUGUUGAAUACAUUCCAUCCCAUUCAGAGAGAAGACCAGGAACUCUUGCACCGAACCUUGGCCUUACUUGAGGAAAAUCGAGCUGCAGCACGUAGAUUUUACCAGUAUACAAGCCGGAAGCUGGAUCUGCCGAGCAAUGUUCACUUCAUGCUCCUGAUACUGCGAUGUCUCCGAAAUUACUUACUAAACCAACAGGCUCAAGAGGGUCAGCAAGAAACAGAUCAUGAAACUAGUAACACCAGUCCUGAAGAAAGAACAAGUCCCAGUGUAGGAAGUCAAAAGAACUUGAAGCUAGGGUUAGGAGUGGCACCUGAUAACAAAGAAAAUAGAGUUCCAAGCCAGAGGAAAGCCGUUUCUGCUGCUGCCAAGGAAAGUGAGGAGAGGAAAGAUGUGAGUGAUGAUGAACAAACUGCUGAUGAUAGUGCAUCUCCACUCGACAACCCUGCAGUUAUAGGUGGACUCUUUGAUACCAUUGUCAUUAUUUGGACAACUAAUGCUCACAGGUUGGCACAGCCAGAAAAUGAGAAGUACAUUGAAGCAAUACGAACUAGGGUGUCCAAAAGCAUGCCCCUUUUCUUCAAAGCCUUCAAGGAAAACGAUGAGGUAUCCCAGACUCUUCUGUAUCUGUCCAGCUUCCUUCCCAAAGCCUUAGUGCCUACCAUUGUCAGUCACUGUAUGUCACGGCUAAGAGGACUGCAGCAAGACCAGGACAAGGAAGAAUCUUAUGUCACAUAUGUAAAUGCUCUGUGCAACUGGAAUCGUGUAGAUGACAUCUUGGAACUGGCAACAGAAUGGCUGAAUGAAGGUUUUAGUGCUGGUGUAACUACAAGUAGUAAGGAACGCAGGAAAAGCCGCAAAGGUGUGCGAUUCCAAGAGGAACUUUCACCACAACCUCUGUUGGCUCUACGUCUUGUUGGUCACAUCCUACAGCAUCCAUUAAAUAAACUUGCAGCUCUUGGAAGAAACAGACAUCUUUUAGUACAAAUGUCAGAGAACAUGGCGAAUGUGAAGGGUCUUUUAGGUGAUCGUUUGAACCAAACAGAAGAGCUCUCAGCACUAUGCUCCGACAGAUUCCUGUGUGAGUGUUGGGCUCAGUACUUGAGUUUGGUUGCAGUUCUUCAUAACCCACCUCACAUAUCCGAAGAACCUCGCGAGAAGAGGAGAGGAGCAGUAUGUGAAAAAGAGAUUCCAGUGGAUGAUAUAUAUGACAGCACUGCCACUGUAGUUACCUGUAUAGAUUGGUGCAGAAGAGUCUUGAUACCAACAUUGGGGGAGGAGCAGAGUGGCAAGAGAAAAUUAAGAGCAGGAGAAGAUGCUCCAGUGCUUGCUGUAAGUGCCUUGAGUGACCUUCUUGCUUGCAUCACCAAUUUACUCAUUGUUGGAGCUGGAGGUCCUUCCUUUGCCUAUAAAGCCUGUGGAUUCACUGAAGAACUUUUAAAAACUGAUGCCUCGGACAAGUUUUGGCAGAAAAGUCUGGUACUGGCACAAGAAGCGUACGGGUUCCUUGAAGUGUAUGGGACCCAAAGUGAUGACCUUGAAGAGUUUGGAGGGGUCAGUCCAGAGCAGUUGAUAAAUACUUGUUUGACUUCAAUAUCAGAUUUCUGCAAACAACAAGAAAAAUUGCCUCAGGAUGGAGACCUUGCUAACAUGCUGGCCCUGGUAUUGACAUCUUUUGGUAAUUCAUCAAAUUCAUGUGCAAUGAAAUAUCUGGUGUCUUCUGUGAUAGAUCAUCUCAGUUGGCAUAUUGAUAAGGUGAAAGGUGUGGACACAGAUGUGAACUCAGUCAAAGAAAUUGGUGGAUUUGUUGCCUUAACAGUAGGAGUGUGUCAGAGCCGUGCAAAACUUUCAGCAGCCUUUAUCACAUCCUUUAUGAAGCUGACCUUAGCGGUACAAGACAUAACAUCACUCCUGGCUUGUACACAUUUGCUCAAGGUCUUGAUAAGAGACAGUGGCAAGAUUUCCCCAUCUAGUCUCAAGCAAGCCGUGGUUAGAGUCGAUUCUGUAAUGUCAAGAAUUGUAUUCCCUACCUGUCCUGAGGAAGAAGAUCCUGAUAAAAAGUCAGCCUAUGGAGUGUACGAGAGAUAUACAGCAGCUUCGAGGGACAUAAUCCAAGAUAUGAAGGAUACGCUUGGAGUGAUAUAGACUAAUAAAUUCAACAUAGGCAAAUUUACGAAACUAUUGUUUAUUUAACAAUUUUGUGUAUUUGUAUUUGCAUUACAAAGGAUCAUGUUUUUUGUAAUCAUUGAUAAACUAGGUGUCUUAUAUUCUCUUUUGCCUUCGAUCAAAUAAAUUUAUCUAUUUUCAUUAUAUCAUGCAUAUGUCAUCUUUCUUGAUUCUAAGAUUAUUGUAUAGAUAUCUUUGCAAAAUGCACUUUCAUUUUUUAUACCAUUGUUUAUAUAUUAAAGACUUAAUAGACUGUUUCUUUCAUUAAACUACAUUUCUUUUUCAAUGCCAAGAGAUAGGUGUUAGUAAUAAAAUGAAAUAAG